AACCACGUGUGCCGCCCGCGUUCGCUCAGGAUGACUGGUCCCUGUCCGGCCUGCUGGCCAGCCUUGCUCCUGGGACUGCUGUCGCCCUGGCUGGCGGGACGCUGCAUGCCCGUCUUCGCCCAGCAGCACAACGACACCCUGGAGUGGCGCUGGGAGACUCUCUUCUCGCGCUCCAUGGCCAGGCUCCCCGCCGGGGAAAGGAAUUUGCUCAGCCGGGACGGGGACUAUCUGCUGGGCAUCAAGAGGCUGAGGCGCCUCUACUGCAACGUCGGCAUCGGGUUUCACAUCCAGGUCCUGCCGGACAGCCGGAUCAACGGGAUCCACGACGAAAACCGAUACAGUUUGCUGGAAAUCUCUCCAGUGGAACGAGGAGUGGUUAGCCUUUUUGGUGUUAAAAGUGGACUUUUUGUAGCAAUGAACGGCAAAGGCAAACUCUAUGGAUCUAGCCAUUUUGGUGAUGAGUGUAAAUUCAAAGAGAUUCUGCUGCCGAACAACUACAAUGCCUAUGAGUCCCAGAUCUACCCUGGGAUGUACAUGGCCCUGAGCAAAAAUGGAAGAACCAAGAAAGGCAACAAAGUGUCUCCCACCAUGACAGUCACACAUUUUCUUCCCAGGAUUUGAGGACUAUCCCUUCAGAGCUACCUCAGGGCAAAAGGAAAAGGCAAGGCCCAAUUCGGGAGAAUGGAAGAGGGAGGGGGUGAAAUCUAUGGUGCACUUUUCUUUGAGAGUUUUAUGCAAGAGUAGAUGUAACAUAUUUAAAUUAUUGAUAUCUGUAUAUAUUGCCAGAAAGUUAUUUAUAGUUCUGAUCGUUUUUUUAAAAAAUUCCUAAAAGAAAAGAAAUGAAAGAAAGAACAACCUUCUACAAAACCAAACCUCCAACUUAAGCUAUUCAUUACACAGUGUAACAGUAGAAGACUCUUGCAUUGUGGUUUAUUUAAUCUUAUCUUUGUUUUGGGGUAAGUUAUCACAGGUGUGCUGCUAUUAUGACUUUUUAAAUGUGAAAUCUGAUUCCUAUAUGCUUUGCACUGCUCUGUGCAUUGUACAAUGUUUGUUAGUGGACAUUAAAUUGUGUUUUUUU